CUGAUUGAAUCGAAGUGAGCGGGGCUAUUGGCGCGGAGGCGUGGUCGUUGUAAAGUUGCCUAAAACUGGAUCAGAGUUUAACACGAUUAUUCGGAGGAUCUGGAUCAUGCGAUGGCAGAGAUGGCCGAUCUCGCCGUCUCCCUGUCCUUGCUGCUGGGGAUUGUAGUUUUUAGCGAAGUGGCGAGGAGAACGGCUUUAUAUCUAUUCCCAAAUCGAAACUGGAUCAUCUAUGCGCUCGAGUUGAUCUCCACUUUUCAGCUGUGUGCAUGCACGCACGAGUUAAAGCUGCUCGCGGAGAUGGGCGGACUGGAGCCGCGGAUCGCGCUGACGCUCACCUUCCUCAUCUCGGUGGUGCACGGACUUUCAUUCCGCGGCGCGAUCUGUAGCCCGACCGGCGCUCUGGAGCAGCUCUACCUCGGGACUCUGACGCGGCGAUGCGCACUGACGCGGAUCUCAUGCCAGCUGAUCGCGGCGGAGGCGGCGCGGCGCGUCAUGCCUCACGCGUGGGCGCUGGCGCUCUCUGACCUGCACGCGCAGCACUCGCUGACGGGCUUUUCAUGCACGAACAGCCCCGUUAACGCGCCUCUGCUGCAGGCCGCCGCGGUGGAGCUGGGCUGCGCGUUUGUGAUGCACACUGCGGCGUUUAACGUGGAGAAGGUGGAGGAGAAAUAUCGCGUUCCUGCAAUAGCUGCUGUCAUCACCAUAUUAGUCUAUGCAGGUGGUCAUCUCACUGGCGCGGUGUUUAACCCGGCACUGGCGUUCUCAAUACAGUUCUCCUGUCCUGGGAACACUUUUGCGGAGUACAGUUUUGUGUACUGGAUUGGACCAAUACUGGGUAUGACAGGCUCUCUGCUGCUUUUUGACAAAGUGAUCCCUGCUAUUUCAGGGAAAAGCACAAUUCCAAAGCACCUGAACUCUAAUGGACUCGAGACGAAAAAGAUGAAGUGAACUAAUGCCUUAUGACAGACUCUGAUUGCAUAUGUGAUUAUAUACUGUGAAUAUACACUGUAAUUCUCCAGCUCAUCUCCAAGUAUUAACCAGGGUUUCUGCAGGUUUUAAAAGGUCUUAAUUCGCCCUUCUCAAGGCCUGAAAAGGUCUUAGAGCAGAAAGUCUUAAAUUCAUAACAUAAAUGUUGGGUGCACAGGACAAAUGAUCUUCCUCAGUAUUUUGUCUUGUAUUUCUAAUACAAAUAUCUGAACAUCCUUAAAUCAAGAUAUACUUUCUUGAGAUGCAAACUGAACAUAUGAAGUCUUGUUUUCUGAGAAAUCUAACAAAAAUAAGCGAGUUUGACUACAACAAGAACAAACAUCUGUCAAUGGCGAAUGAAAACGUUUCCAUUUGAAUCAAGUUGAUUUGUCUAAGCCUACUAGCAGAUACUUGUUCGUUUUAAUCAAUUUCUCAGAAAACAAGACUUUAGUUA